GUGUGUUUUGAGGAUAAAGGGGAAGAAGAAAGGUGUGUGUAAAUUUAACUGAGAUUUUAAUAGUCAAUGGAGGGAAUAUCUUAAUAAAAAAAAGAAAGGCAGGGACUAGAAAUGGAUGAAGAACUCCGGGGAUUAAUACAGUGAUGAUAUUAUCAGGACGGUUCGUAGUUACAAAAUUUCGGAAUUCGAUUAGAUUGAUGAUAUUGGGAUCUAUAAUGAAUCUGUUUCAGGAGAGAGAGUCUCGGUGGUUACGGGGAAUUGGGAUAAGAUGUCUUGGAACGUGAGUUCUUCUCCGAAGAAUACCGGUGGUACUGGUGGAACUUCUCCAACGAAUUCCACGCUCGAUGUAGAACUCGCAGGUGAAGGUGGAGUUUCUGGACGAGAUGGCGACGAAACGCGAGGCUCGCGUAUUGAGAUUCGUGAAGAUGAGGGAGAGGUUCUUCGGAGAACGAAGGACGGAGUGCGAGGCGUUGAGACUCGCGAUAGUGAAGGGGAAGAAACACGUAUCGUAGGUUCUUUUACUAGAGAAACGCAUAAUCCGGCCUUGGACGAUAGCGAGGUUCCGACGCUAGGGUUGAUAGAAUGAAGGAAUUCUCGAUUGAGUUGUGAAGAUACGAAUCGCGGAAGGAAACCGAAAAAGGGAAUGAAAAAUUUGACUUACUUUUGG